AUGACGCACAAACCGCCGCAGUCGCUGACUGCGUGGCCAACGAGUUCGGCCGCUAAUUUUUCAAAGCUGCCACAGGACAGACGAGUCAAGAUGAUCAGGAUCCCAGAGGUUUACUAUGCCACGCACGACACGAUGCCGCCAUCGACGCAAGGAGGAGUGGGCACGGUGUUGCCAACCCUUUCUAUCGCAAGCGAUCACCGGCAAGCUACCGAUGCCAAAGUUUCUGGUAAAAGAGAUGGUCCUGGCGAGACCGUGAACCCUCGGCCACGAAAGCAGUAUCGACCUUGA